AUGCUCACUAAUCAAACUCAAAGAAACAACACUGUUGAGCUGCAGCGUGAGGGGCUCCUGGGGAUAGUAUUGUUUUCUGUUGUGACAACACUGCCCUGCUCUGUGUUUCUCUUCAUUAAUCUAACCACUUUAUACACCCUCAGAAGUAAAGACGUGUUUCGAGAGACGGCUCGCUACGUUCUUCUGUUUAACCUUCUGCUUGCAGACACACUGCAGAUGGCAAAGAGUCAGUCGCUGUUUCUUCUGUCUAUCUGUAGAGUAUCACUGUUGUAUCCAGUUUGUGCCACUGUGGGAGCUUUUUAUUCUCUUUCUCAUAGAAUCUCUUCAUUAACUCUGGUGAUUAUGUGUUUAGAGAGAUACAUAGCUGUGUGCUAUCCUCUCAGACACAAUGCCAUCGUCACCACCAGAAACACCACGUUGGUUAUUUGGGUGGUUUGGACUAUCACUUCACUAAAUGUUAUGAUUCAAACAAUUAUAAUGUUCAAGUUUUUAUCAGAAGAACAGCAGCACAUGCAGAUGACAGACUUUUGUGGAAGUGAGAGUAUGUCUACUGAUCCAGCAUCUGACCUUUACGACAAGGUAUCGACCUACUUCCUGUUUGUGCUCGGGGGUGUAACGGUCAUUUUCUGCUACACUGGCAUCAUUGUAGCAGCUCGUUCUGCUGCCACAGACAAAGAAUCAGCCAGCAAAGCCAAAAGGACUCUGCUGCUGCAUCUGCUGCAAAUGGGCCUCACAGUGUCGUCAACAAUACACAAUUCAUUCAUUACAGCCAUCUCCAAAAAUCUAGACAGAGUUCCUGCUGUGCGUCUCCAGAUUUUUCUUUAUGUUUCUAUAAGUAUUCUUCCUAAAUGUCUAAACUGCCUCAUUUACGGUCUGAGAGACAAAACAAUCAGGCCGAUCCUCAUACUCAAUCUCAGCUGCCAGUGGAGAGGCUCAGUUUCAUUCCCUGUAAUUACGAAUAAGAAAAAACAAAGAGUACAUGUUACUUGA